AUGGAACCUCCUCCUGAUCCUGCUGCUGGUCCUCUUCCGGCGCCACCGCAGCCCCAUGAGACUACGCUCACGCUCACUCUAGCGCUGUCCCCUCCUGCGCUGAUCCCGCCGAAGCCGCGGCCGCGGAGGCCCAGGGCCGAGGGCGGUGCCAGCCCCAGGUCGCGAUUCUCGCUCACCGGUGACACGCCGCCUUGCAGUGAGUGCGGAAAGUGCUUCCCUUCAGCAAAGGCGCUCUUCGGUCACAUGCGCUGCCACCCGGAGCGCCCGUGGCGCGGGAUCACGCCUCCGUCGUCGCCGCACUCUCGCCACGGCGCCGCCGUCGGGCAGUUCACCGUGCAGGAGCGCGACGUCGCCAACAGCCUCCUGAUGCUCUCUGGCGCGCGGACCGGCGCUGGUAAAGGAAAGAAGACCGUCAACGUUUCGGCCAUUACUCCUAGCGCGACGACGGAGAGCUGCGGCACGUCGGCGUCGGCGGCGCCAACGGGGCAGGUCAACUUGGACGACCACAAGUGCAGCGUCUGCGACCGCGGGUUCGCCAGUGGGCAGGCGCUCGGCGGGCACAAGCGGUGCCACUGGGAUAAGGCCUGCGCGGGGGUGGUGGUGAUCGCCACUCCUGCCGGCAGCGGCGCGUCUCCAAUGUCGUCCUCGGAGGCGGCGGUGCUAGACCUCAACCUGCCACCGUCGCCGAGACUAGGGACACUUCCGGUGCUGACGAGCGACCAAGGAAGCAGCCUGAAUGACAUGCUGGAUUUGAAGCUUGGGUAUUAG